AGGAUCUGUACGAGGACGUCAUGAUGGAGAACCACCAGACCUGUAAAUCAUCAGGAAGAUCCAGUAAGAGAAGAACACCAGAGAGAUGUCCCAGUCCUCUUCUUCCACAGGAUCAUCAGCUUUUGAUUCAGGAUAAAGAUCUGAGGAGUAUUAAUUCUAGAGAGACCUAUGUGAAGGGUGAAGACCAGUAUAAAGAGGAAUUUCCUACAGAGACAUUUGUGUGGGGUGAUGACCAGUAUAAGGAGGAACCCCCUACAGAGACAGAUAUGUGGGAAUAUGAGCAAUAUAAGGAGGAAUUUCCUACAGAUAUCUACCCAGGUUACUGUAUCAGGAGCUCAGAGGGACAUUUGAUAGUACAAUCAUCUGCUUUAAAAGCUGAAGAUAUCACACAAGAUACAUAUGAAGAGCAUGCCAUUAUCCCACAUGUACCCUCAGCCCUUCACAGCAAAGAUCUAGAUCCUUUUCAACAUCUAUCAUCUGAUUCAUCACAGACUGUAGAGCAAAAUACAAGCCACAGAAGUGAUGUUUUACCUAAAAGAGCAAACACGGAUGAGAAGCCAUUUUCAUGUUCAGAAUGUGGGAAAUGUUAUAGCGUUAAGUCAUCUCUUGUUGAACAUCAAAGAACUCACACAGGAGAGAAGUCAUUUUCAUGUUCAGAAUGUGGAAAAUGUUUUACCCAGAAAUCGAAACUUUUUAGACAUCAGACAGUUCACACAGGAGAGAAGCCAUUUUCAUGUUUAGAAUGUGGGAAAUGUUUUACACAGAAAAUAACCCUUUUAAGACAUCGGAGAAGUCACACAGGGGAGAAGCCAUUUUCAUGUGCAGAAUGUGGGAAAUGUUUCCUAAGAAAAGCAGAUCUUCUUGAACAUCAGAAAAUUCACAUGGGAGAGAAUCCACUUUCAUGUUCUAAGUGUGGAAAAUGUUAUAGCGUCAAAUCAAAUCUUGUUCGACAUCAGAGAAGUCACACAGGGGAGAAGCCAUUUUUAUGCCUAGAAUGUGGCAAAUGUUUUAUAACGAAUACAGAGCUUGUUGAUCAUGAGAGAAUUCACACAGGGGAGAAGCCCUUUUCUUGUUCAGAAUGUGGGAAAUGUUAUAGCGUAAAAUCAAAUCUUUUUCGACAUCAAAGAAGUCACACAGGGAAAAAGCCGUUUUUAUGCCUAGAAUGUGGGAAAUGUUUUUCUCAAAAAUCAAAUCUUCUCGUACACAAAAGAACUCACACAGGUGAGAAGCCAUUUUCUUGUCCUGAAUGUGGGAAAUGUUUCUCAAGAAAAGCAGAUCUUGUUGAACAUCAUAGAAUUCACACGGGGGAGAAUCCACUUUCAUGUUCAGAAUGUGGGAAAUGUUAUAGCAUUAAAGCUAAUCUUGUUCGACAUCAAAGAACUCACACGGGGGAGAAGCCAUUUUCCUGCUCAGAAUGUGGUAAAUGUUUUUCUCAAAAAUCACAUCUUCUUGUACACCAAAGAACUCAUACGGGAGAAAAGCUAUUUUCAUGUACGGAAUGUGAGAAAUGUUUUAGUUGGAAAUCGCAACUUGUUGAACAUCUGCGAACUCACACAGGGGAGAAGCCAUAUUCAUGUUCAGAAUGUGGGAAAUGCUUCAUAAGAAAAGCAAGUCUUGUUGAACAUCAGAAAAUUCACACAGGACAGAUGCCAUUUUCAUGCCAAGAUUGUGGAAAAUGCUAUACCUGGAUGUCACAACUUGUUGAACAUCAACGGACUCACACAGGGGAGAAACCAUUUUCAUGCCAAGAAUGUGGGAAAUGUUUCAUAAGAAAAGCAGCUCUUGUUAAACAUCAGAAAAUUCACACAGGAGAGAAGCCAUUUUUAGGCCAAGAAAGUGGGACAUUUUAUAGUGAUAAAUCAAACUUUCUUCAACAUUAA